AUGGGAAAUAAACAGAACAGAGUGCGACGUGGUGGCGAGAGCGCGUGUUUAAUCACGUCGUCGUCAAACAAGAAGAUCAAGGAGGAAGAUUCAGGUUCGAGCGAGGGGGACGCCCGCGAUUACGACGUCAAGAUACAGAAGGCCAGUGACGAGAUCCUCGAGGUCGAGAAGAAGUAUAACAAGCUACGCAAGCCCUACUUCCAAAAGCGUAACAUCAAGAGACUACCCAACUUCUGGAUCACCGCUUUUGUAAACAACAAAGAAAUAGCAGAAAUAUUAAAAAAAGACGAGGAAGAUGCAUUGAGAUUCUUAAACAAAUCAGAAGUUGAAGAAAUCGAAGAUAUCAAAUCUGGCUAUAGGAUUAAUUUUUACUUUGAUGAGAAUCCAUAUUUCGAAAACGAUGUUUUAAUUAAGAAAUUUUAUCUAGGAUCUUCUGUAUCUCAAAAUACAUCUAUUCGUUGGAAAGAGGAUGCUGAAUUCUUUAUAUAUUGA